AUCAAAUGGGGGCGUUGGUCAUUUCUCCCUUUUCCCUUUUACCUCUUUGGUGGACUCAAAUACCAAGAUUGCGGUUUCCAACUAGAGUCAAUCCAAGCAACGCCAUGAGAAAGUUGAAAAGGGAAAUUCCGCAGGAGGAUCUUCAACUAAACUCAGCGUUAAGCUAUUAUUUGAAAUAAAAAUUGUCUGCUUCAGAGAUUGAAGACCUAAAUCCCGGGUAAUCAAUCAAUCAUCUUCCUCAUCUCGCUGCCAAUUUCGUUUUUUAAACUUUCUGAGCAUCUGAGCAUCUUAUUCUGAUCAAUUUGAAGUUUGGGUUGUAAGUUAUUGUUUGAUGAUCUGAGUAAUCUCCCAUCUUUCUUUUUUUUUGUUAUAUUUCAUGCUUUUUGUUUUAGAAACUGAUGUGUUUUCACAACUGAAAGUCCUAGUCCAACUUGCUUUGAAUUGAAGAAAUGAAGAAGCACGACUUUUCAAUUUUCAUCAUUGCUCAAUGAUUUUGGGAGUAUAGAGUCAUGCUUGAGUGAUAAAGAUUGUGUUCUUUUAGAAAUCCAUGCUUUUCCAUAAAAAUCAAAUAUUGUCCGCAUCCAAUUUUGAAACUCGUUUGGUUUAUAUGAUGCUGGCUGGAAUGGCUUCAGUUGCCGAAUUUGCUUCAGUUGUAGCAGAAAUUUAUCAAGUUUUUGAUUCAUCACAAAAUAGCACAACGUAAUAAAAAUAUAUUUUCUUAAAACAAUAUCUUAAACUAGGUUAUAUCUGUCGUUUUCAUUCAUUUCUCAAAGUUGGCAAAUAAGAUCUAAACAAAAAACUACAAAAUUGCAAAGAAGAGGAUACCACAAAGAUGAAUCCAAGGUUGGUGGUUGUAUUUUAUUUUUCUGAGAGUGCAAUGUAGAAGAAAAGCCUUUUCGUUUCAUUAUUGCGAUUCACAUGAACAAAUAAUUCAUGUUUAAAUGGUUUCACCAGUUGACUGGACUUCAAAAUCUAGGUGAUACGUAUUGAUGGUAUAUUUUUUUGUUUAACCUCAUCCAAUGGGAUGCUACUUCUCCUGAGGUUGUGGAAAACAUUUUGAUCAGGAAUACUCCAGCCAUGGAAGAUUCAUCUUCAAAGACGGUUGAAUUUCUCCGGGCACGGUUAUUAUCUGAAAGAUCAAUCUCACGGGCAGCAAAACAGAGAGCUGAUGAACUGGCCAAGCGGGUUACAGAACUGGAGAAACAGCUUAGGAUUGUCUCUCUUCAAAGAAAGAAGGCCGAGAAGGCCACAGAAACUGUCCUGGCCAUUUUAGAGAACCAUGGUGUGGGUGAUGCUUCGGAUGAUUUUGACUCCGUUUCUGACCAGGGUACUGCUUUGUGUGAAUCAAAUGUUUCCGAUUGUAAAGAUGAGUUCAAGGAAGAAGAAGCUUCAGCAGAACGAAAUUUGGAGAUGAGAGGUAUUAGUGGAGAGGCCUACUCAAGCUCUGAGGUUGACUCUUCUCUACCUUUUGGUAGAAACUUGUCAUGGAAAAGUGAUAGGUCAACUCCGCAUUCUUUGUCUCGGAAGAAAUACAUGGAUUCUUCUAGAAGGUCUAGUAGUUCUGCAUCAACUGCUUCUUCAUCCAAAGUUGCUAAAUCAUGUCGCCGGAUAAGACGCAGGGAAACAAUAUCAGAUGUUGAGGAGUCGCACAACGAGACAACUAUGCAACUAAUGCAAGCUACUCGGGAUAAUUCAGGAAUUACACAUGCUCAAAAUCUUCAUGGAGUGACUCGCUCUGGUACUGAGUCACCAAGAGGUGACCUUACAUGCCAUGCUGACAAUAGCCAUUCGGAAUUCCCUGCUUUUCUAAUACUUGAAAAUGAAAACCAAGAAGAUAAUGACAACGUAAGUAACCACACACAUGAAGAUGACAAAGAUAUGGAAAAAGCUUUGCAGCAUCAAUCUGAACUUAUAGGUCAAUAUGAAGCCGAGGAGAGAUUACAGAGAGAAUGGGAAGAAAAACACACAGAGGAUUCCAACUUUGUGCCAGAUUCUUCACGCGAUAUAGGAAACCAUUCAGAUGUGUCCGAAGAAAGAGACGACAUCAGAGCAGUAUCUAAUGAUCAGUCUGCAAAGGUCACCAUUUGUUCUCAAGACCUUCAAGACCAUGGGAGAGUAGAUGAUGAAGAUUCUCUGUCCCCGGCGUCUUUGCUAAAAACAAACUGCGACAACAUAAGUGUUUCCCAAUCAUCCUCGCCAGAAUUUGCUUUUCCCACCAUGCCCAAGGAAAAUAACCCCUCAAAGCAGACUCCAUCCUCUUCUACAUUGCUAAAGCCCAACAACACUUCAGGAGGAAAGUGCGAACUUGCUUUGGUUUUACCUGAGACGAACAAAAAUGUCAGAAAUGUCCUCGAAGCACUUGAACAAGCUAAAUUCUCACUGAGAGAGGAACUCAACAUCACCUCACAGAUACAGGGCGGCAGGCCUGUUGGCCUUUUCAGAUUACCAACAGACAUAAACUUUGAGUCAACACCUCCAAGAACAGGCUAUUCUUCUCCACCAUUAUUCAGCAUGGCCAAACGUACCCCUGAAACUGCUUCUGAUAUAUUCUCCCAUGGGCAUUUCCCGGAGACUAGACGCACGGAUGCAUGGAGGCUGCCAAUGUUGGAGCCAUUUCCCAAUAUACCCUCCUCUCCCGCAAGAUUAUUGAACUCUCUUGAUCCUCGACCAACCACGGGCCAUACUUUUCCCAAUAACCACACUCUAUUUUCUCCAAGUCGACUCUCAGCUACUGUUCCUGUCCGGGAAAACAUGUUUUCUCCUUCUAUGCGCUUCUCCCCUCAUGAUGAUCGUAUCGGACCACACACGUACAGGUAUUAAUAAUCCUGGCCCUCACUCUUCCAUCUUAAUUAUGACUUGUCACUAUUGAUUGCAGCUGAGUUGUAGAUUUAUCUAUAUGUAUCAUGUAUGCAUGUAUAUAGUGCUGUUCUAUAAUAAGUUGGUGCUGUAUUAUCAUCUUAAAUGUGUUUUACUUUGCACCCUUGUAACGAAUAGAAAUGCAGUUUCUAAGCAGGUAAUAAAAAUAACAUAUUCAU